UAACACGCGCCACUAGUUCCCAGAGACCGGCGCCUCGAGGUGGGGGCAGGGCAGGGAGCGGGCCGUGUUGGGCCCGAGGUAGUUAUGGCCCUCGGGGGACAUUGAAGCGAAGGACGGUCCCCGUGGUGGUGGAUUCCUAGCUGUGGUGUUCCAGCCAGGGUCUGAAUAUGGCAACCAAGGAUUGUGUCUCCUCUGAAGAGGGAGCCUCAUUAGAAUUACCCCUUCCAGGACCGAGUGACUCUGAUGAGCUGAGCAAAUCCUACCCUUGGACCAAUAAGAGUAGAAAAAGUGGGCUUUCCAGACUCUGCCGGAGUAAAGCUUCUUUGUCUGAGGAUGGAUGGACUUCCUAUUGCUUAUCUUCACUGGCUGCUCACAACAUUUGUUCUGGCAAUCGUGGUAACCCUUGGGCUCAUUUGGAACUUGCCUCCUUAUCCUGUUCAGUCGGUAGCACCUCUUCUUGUUCCUUCUUGAAUGUCCUGAGUGUAGAGGAAUCCCUCCAGUCGCUCCCAGCUGCUGUGUGCAACCCAAAUAAAGCCAUCUUCACUGUGGAUGUCAGGACAACAGAGAUUCUCGUUGCCAAUGACAAAGCCUGCAAGCUCCUUGGGUACAGUAGUCAUGAGCUGAUUGGCCAGAAGCUAUCCCAGUUAAUAUCAAAAUCUACUCCGGGUAUAGUGGAGGCCCUAGGGGAGGAACAUGUGGAGGCUGAUGGAUAUGCAGCUGUGGUUUCUGGAACAGUGGUGGAUGUUAUAGGACAUAGCAAUGAGAAGAUCCCUGUCUCAGUCUGGGUGAGGAGAAUGAGAAGCAAGGACAACCAAUGCUGUGUGGUUGUGCUGGAACCAGUGGAAAGACUCUCUGCCUCUGUUUCCUUCAGAAGUGAUGGAGAGAUUACAUCGUGUGACCUUCUUUUUGCACAUCUCCAUGGUUACACAUCAUUGGAAGAAGUAGUUGGGCACUACAUAACAGACCUGAUUCCUUCGCUGCAGAUCCCUCCUCCUGGCAAGAAAAUUCCAAAGAAUCUCAAGAUCCAGAGAUCUGUAGGUCGAGCCAGGGAGGGCACAACAUUUCCUCUCAGUUUAAAGCUGAGGGCUAGCCUUCCUGAUGAGGACCAAGUCCCAGUGGUUGAGGAUGGACUCCUACAGGAGUGCAAGACAGGAUCUUCCACAGACUAUUCUUACUCUGCCACUGUCUGGGUUUUCACUGCCAUCAGUGGGCUUAUCACACUCCAACAAGAUGGGACCAUCUAUGGCAUCAACAACAGUUUUGCUUUAAUGCUGUUUGGCUAUGAGAGAAAGGAGCUGCUGGGAAAGAACAUCACCUUCCUGAUUCCUGGUUUCUGUAACCACAUGGAUAGAAUUGAUGAAUCCUCCUUGCCAUUUCCCCCUCUUGAUGAUUGCAUGGAGACAGAAAAUGGACGAACCUCUGGAGAUAUUAAAAGAGCCCAGCGGGGAGACUGUUGUAUAGCAGAUAAUAGUGAAGAAGUGUCGCUAGUGUCAGCAGUGGGAUAUCUGCACUGCAGAAAUAUCCUCCAUAGAGACAUCAAGGAUGAGAACAUCAUUAUUGCUGAAGAUUUCUCAAUCAAACUGGUGGACUUUGGCUCAGCUGCUUACUUGGAACCUGGCAAGCUGUUCUACACCUUCUGUGGGACAAUUGAGUACUGCUCACCAGAAGUCCUCUUGGGCAAUCCGUACCAAGGACCAGAGCUGGAGAUGUGGUCGCUUGGCAUCACCCUUUAUACCCUACUAUUUGGAGAGAAUCCCUUCUGUGAAUUAGAGGAGACCAUGGAGGCUGUACUAAAUCCUCCUUACAGGGUGUCAGAAGAUCUGAUGGCUCUGGUGUCUGGGCUCCUGCAUGCUGCUCCAGAGCAGCGUACAACCCUGGAAAAGCUAGUAGAGAAUCCUUGGGUGCUGCAGCCUGUGAACUUGGCUAAUUACACGUGGGAAGAGGUGUAUGUCUCAGCCAGGCCAGAAAGCAAUAAUUUCAGAAAUCACUGUAUUGAGCACAGCCACAGAGCCAGCCAGCCAGCUCCUUGCUUGCAGAGUGAGCAGAGACUGAUCCAUGAUGCCUAUGACCAUGAGCUCACAGAUCCCUAGUUGGAAGGAAUAGCCACUGCUUAGGCCAACAGAUCUUGUUCCAAUCUUCAGUGUUGGGACCGACAUGCAGAGGAUGCAUACUGCAGAUUUCCACACCUGCUGAAGAACAGCUCCCUAGUCAUCAUCUGGACAGCACUUACUGUCCUCCCAAGAACUAAAAGAAACUUCACGUUAAGUACUUCUGUUUUAACAGAUGGAUCAGCCUUAGGUACUAGAAGACAGGAGUUGCUCACCAUUGAGAGAAAUCUCUCCACUGGUACACUGUUGGCUUCAUGCACUUAUUGUAACAGAGGCCUGUGAUAUGAAGGGGUUUGAUAGUGAUGUGAAAGAGCCAGUCUUUGACUUCAGGCUGAUCCAUUCUAGACUCUUAAAUACAGAAGCUUUUCACUUUCUCCAGAUGAGGUUUUCUGGAUAUCCCUAGCAGUGACUGGAUCCAAAUGUGCCUUUCCUUUCUUACUGUCCUUGAGCCAACAGCACUUCAUCUGGACAGGUCCUGUGAGCCUGAGAAGUCUAUAGUGUUAAUGAAACCGAAUCCAGCAGUACACUUACCAGAUUUUCCCAUCUGAGUUUAGGAUUUGUCUUCCUAGUAUAACAUUGGUCCUAUUCAGGAGACCACCACACACUCUCAUACAAUUUCUAGUCUGGGCCAAACCUCUGCUUAUCUGAAACUGCAACACUCCCACCGGUAGCUGUUGGGAAGUAAAAUUAGCUCAAGCCGGGAGACUGCAGGGCAUGCACUCUUCCCAGGAGCUGGGACUCUGGUUGAAAUCCUAUUCAUGUGAACGAGGCUUGGCACAGUGGUUGCGGAUGAGCCUUCCUGCAGCAGUUGUUAGAAUGUGGUUUGAGGCAAGCAUUCCCUUGCAAAUGGAAGGACUACUUUUGCUACUAUCUGUUUCUUAGCUCAUUCACAUCUAGAAUCUGGAGUCCUAAUGUUUGCUGAUGGAAGCUGAGGAUUGAAAGAACCCCAGCUGAUUAUCAUCCUCUAUCCCUGUAAUGGCAGUGGGAAGCUGAGUUAGUCCAUUUUUCAAGGGGCUUGGAUUCUGACAGAAUUCAUAUUGAAAGAAACAUACAGUGGAAAACCCCAGCGUGGUCAGUUGGUUUUGACUUUGUUUCUCUGUUUAAUAGCACUUGGUUCUGGAGUAUGGGUGUGUUGCUGCUGGUGGUGGUGGUUGUUGAGUGUGCUUUUCUCUAGAUAGAAAGACUGAGAUGUUGUCAAGCUUGGAAACUGACCUACUUGGUUUGUAGUUCUCUUGUAAACCUUGAUUUAAAGAUUUCAGAAAUGCAGCUUGGUUUUUCAAGUGAUCCUUGCUGCACCACAAAAUCGAAUCAAGCCUGAAUGCUUGUUUAUUGCUCUGUAAACAAGGUGGUGGGUGCACGCGCUGAAAAGAGAUUGCAUGCAUGGCUUUGUUUAGGGCAAAUUGCACGGGGGGUUAGGGCCUCAAUAAUAUAAGUCCCAUCAGUUUAGUCUUUAACUGAACUAGACUUUUUCCUUAAUUCUCUUUUAAUUUUUCAUCUAGGCCAGAACUUCCCCAGAGUGACCUCCCAGAUUUUGGCUGUGCUGCAAAAUCUCACUCAUACCUUCUUCCCCCCAUCCCCCAGGAGCUGUCAUUCUGUACAGUAGAUAGAAGAGAGAGAGAGAGUAUUUAAAGGACCUGUUUUUUAGUGCACUGUGUGUGGAAUUGGAUACAAAAGUCCAGAGCAGUAACAGGAUUUAUACAUCUAAAUACGUAUUUGUUGAUGCUGUAUUGCAGUACAUAAUUCCAGUGUAAUGGGACUGGCUUGCUCAUUGUACUCUGUAUAGCUGCCCUCACUAGUAGAUGCUUCGUGUACGAUGCUGCAGGUUUGAAUGAUUCUGGACAGAUGCAACUGAGAUGUGCACACAAAUGAAAGGGUAACAGAGAGAAACCUCAUUGGACCUUGUUCUUCUGUAGCAAAAUCACUGUUUACACUAACUACAGCUGCACCUAAAAGGUUUCUUCAGGAAAAUCCUAUAGCAAAUAUGUGUCUCUAAUUCUACUGAGUGGAUUACAUUUUAAAAUGUAAAGAGAAGGAUUUUUAACAUCCUGUUUAGUUUUUGGCAAUACGAAGUAUAUUUUUAUUUGCUAUGGUUUUUAUCAAAAUUGUGCUGUAUCACUGUUUCUUAAAAGUGAA